AUGGAGGGGACAGUGGUGGCAGCAGGAGAAGAGAAGCCACAAAAGCGGGUGCGGUUCCGCGUGGCUUCGGGCAAUAGUGGCCGAGUGUUGAAGGAGAUUUUCAAGGAUGAAGGGCCUUCUGACUCGUUGGAUUCUGACUGCACCAGCAGCUCGGACGCAGACCGCGCUAGCACCCCUUCCACUAGUGGAGAUGCUAACGGACACCUGUACGGGUUUCUGGGGUCAGAGCUGGACGACAGUGAGAGCGAGCCGGACGAUCUGCUCAUGUAUGUAGGUGCCUCAAAAGACAGAGUGUUCAGCACUAAGCGUGUCAACAUCCUCAGCAAAAAUGGGACUGUGAGGGGAGUCAAGCACAAAGUCAGUGCAGGUCAAGUACUGUUUGAGAACCUUCCAAAUGAUAAAGGAUCUACCCUGACAGUGGAGUUUGGCAGGAUAGUGAUAUACACCACAAGCUUUCGUGUUGUAAGGACCACUUUUGAGCGUUGUGAGUUGGUCCGAAAGAUCUUCCAAAACCACAGGGUCAAGUUUGUGGACAAGAACAUCGCCUUGGACAGUGAUUAUGGGAAGGACUUAGAGGAACGAUGCAAGAGAGUAGGAGAACCUCCCUCAUUACCAGUUGUGUUCAUCGAUGGACACUAUCUUGGGGGUGCUGAGAAGAUACUGGAUAUGAAUGAAUCAGGAGAACUUCAAGACCUUCUAACAAAGAUUGAGAGGGUGCAGCAGCCCCACACGUGCCAGAGCUGUGGGGGCUUUGCCUUUGUCCCGUGCCCGAUGUGCCAUGGCAGCAAGAUGUCUGUGUUCCGCAACUGCUUCACUGACUCCUUCAAAGCCCUCAAGUGCACUUCGUGCAAUGAGAACGGCCUGCAACCCUGUCUGAGCUGCAGCCAAUGA